AGUCCAGUGGUGCGUUCUGCUAAAGAGGCAGGGAGAGAGAGAGAAAAAAAUAAAGCAAGGAUUGCACAGGAGAAGCAUCGCCAAUGCGGAAAUACAUGGACAUCACAUGUCCCUGAGUCCAUUCUUGUCCAAAGAGCUGCUGGCGUCGGAGUCUGCAGAAGAAUUCCAAAUCAGAGACACUGACUUUGCAAUUUAUUAUUUUAAAAAAAGAGAACGAGAGAGUUUAGCUUUGCAGUUGGCUGGAUUGGCAAAGACUGGCUGCAUUUUGGGGUGCAAAUUGCACAGGAAUCCGAUCUGCUCUUUAUUGCCAUCAAUAAUCAUCCCUUCUCUUUCCUUUCCUCCCCUCCCCCUUUCCUCUCCCCCACCCCCCGUCCUUUCUAUCCCCCUGCCUUCCUCCCCCUCUCUUCUCUCCCCAUCAUCAUGGAUGUUUUGGCGAAUUACAGUAUUUUCCAGGAAUUACAACUUGUCCACGACACAGGUUAUUUUUCUUCGCAGCCUUCUUUGGAGGAGAACUGGCAGCAGACAUGCCUGGAGCUGGAGCGUUACCUUCAGACGGAGCCCAAGAAGCUGGCGGCGGAGCCUUUCCUCGAGGAGCUGGACUGGAUGCUGAGCGCUUCGGCCGGUGCGGGCGUCGAAGGCGGGGAGGCGGCUCGCCCUCGGCCGGGCGGCGGCCACCUCCCUCUUCUCGGCGAGCUGCCUUCCACCCCCACCUCGUCGCCGCCUCCGCCGCCGCCGUUAGAGGAGGAAGAGGAGGAGGAGAAGCUGCCUCUGCAGCAACAGCAGGCAGGGCUGGGGCCGGGGCCGUUCGCCUUCCCGAGCACGACCGAAGCCCCGGCGUCGGUUAACGCCGCGCGCCUCAACGCGGUCACGUCACUGACGCCGCCGUCGUCGCCCGAGCUCGGCCGGCACGCGGUGAAGCCCGCGGCGGGAGGUGGAGGUGGUGGUGGCGCCGCGGAGCUCGAGGCCAGCAAGGCCGCUCACCGGAAAGCCGGCCUCGGCCUGCUCAAGGCCAUGAGUGAGAGCGGACAAGGCGACCUCGACGCCUCGGCCGACAACAAGAAGAGGGUCCACCGCUGCCAGUUCAAUGGCUGCCGGAAAGUUUACACCAAGAGCUCGCACUUGAAAGCCCACCAGAGAACGCACACAGGUGAGAAGCCAUACAAGUGCUCGUGGGAAGGUUGCGAAUGGCGUUUUGCACGGAGUGAUGAGCUCACCCGACAUUACCGGAAACACACGGGAGCCAAGCCCUUCAAAUGUAACCACUGCGACAGGUGUUUUUCCCGAUCUGAUCACCUCGCUCUUCACAUGAAGAGACAUGUUUGAGAAGAAACCAAACUCUACACAACACCAUGACAUGACUGUUAGCGGGGAAAUGACCUGUUCCUCAAGAACACAGACAUGUGGUCGACUUGUUGCCAUGUUGCAGUGAGCAUGUGUGCAUACAUGUUUGCGCGCGCGCGCACACACACACACACACACACACACACACACACACACACACACACACACACUCUCUCUCUAUAGAUGUAUACACACCCACACACACUCUAUAUCUUGGUUAUGCCUUACCCAGUCUAUCGGUCAGUUAGACACUGCCAAAUGAUUACUGAUUUAAAUCGCAUUUGGAUUUCUGUUGCCAUGGAAACCAAAGGGGAUUAGAAACUUGAGACCACCUUCCAAGCCUUCACAGUGAGAACAGUUGGUCUACUCGCAAGCCAAUUGGCUUUCCAUUCGUGGAUGUCCAGCUUCCACCAGGGAUCAUCUCCACAUUGUCAGUGUUCUGCUGUUCAGACAAUAGGUGUUUGGGGAAGUAAAAAUUGAGACAGCCUGCAAGGAGAAGGAAGUGGUGGUCCGAACUCAGUUCUGCGUUUCUAUCAUGUGUAACCUGGUUAUCGUCAAGUGUGUCCAAUGCCAACCCAUCGUGGGCCUUUUCAGCACUUGCAGCUGAGUGGCUUUUUUUUUAAACACAGCAGUCACACCUGCAUCUUUGUCAAAAAGAACACCCAGUAUAACAAAAAGUUUGAAUGAUACAAUUGGUUGCUGAUGGCGUCCUGACCGCUUUUGCUUGCAUACCCGUAGCCUGUCCCCACACACUGCACAUUUAGAAGGAUCGUUGGCUGUUGGCACCAUUCUGGGCUGACCUAAGUACAGCCACAGCCAUGCUCAUGGGAGUUGGCUGAACUAUCCCCACCCCUUCGAAUGUGCUCCUCCCAGAUGUUUGUGUUGAACUGGGCUGAGAUAGAUGUAAAUUAAUACAGCAGGCUGACUGCACAGA